AUGGAAACUGAAUUGGCACCACGGCGUGAAGGUCUCCGUCCUCGUCGUUCAAAAACAAUUGCUAACAAACGACUAAAAACAGAAUCCGGCGCUGGUCAAGAUACAUCAGAGGAGAAAGAUGGCCAGGAUGAAACUGAGAAUGGGAAUGAAUUAGAUGAUCAUGAUGUAGAUGAUGGUGAAGAUGAGGUUGAAGUUGAAAACGAGGGUAAUGGCGAAGAUGAGGAAGAAGAAGAUGGUGAUGAUGAUGAGGAGGGUGAUGAAGAGCAGGAGGGAAGGAAGAGAUAUGAUCUGCGAAACCGUGCUGAAGUGCGGAGGAUGCCUACAGAAGGAAUUAACAAGCAACAACAACCUAGAUCUCCGCGGAGAGUGUUGCAUCAAGGCAUGGGCACAAGGGUUGGAAGAGAUGCUAGGAGAGGUGGUUCUCGGCCUCACAAACGCCAUCGCUUUACAAGAACAGAUGAUUCAGAUGAUUCUCUUCUUGUGGAUGAGUUGGACCAGGGCCCCGCAAUUCCCUGGGCUCGAGGUGGAAACAGAUCUGGACCACCUUGGCUAUUUGGGGGUUUGGACACGUAUGGGUCAAGUUCAUUGGGGUUGAAUGUUGGAGCUUCUGGUUGGGGUCACCAGAGUGAUGGUUUGGCUGCAUUAACCUCCGGUGCUCAGACUGCUGGGCCAAGCUCUAAAGGAGGUGCAGAUAUACAGCCACUGCAGAUUAAUGAGAAUAUUAAUUUUGAUGAGAUUGGUGGACUAUCUGAAUACAUUAAUGAUUUGAAGGAAAUGGUUUUCUUUCCGUUGCUGUAUCCAGAGUUCUUUGCAAGUUACAGUAUUACUCCUCCCAGAGGUGUACUGCUAUGUGGUCCUCCAGGCACUGGUAAAACUCUGAUUGCUCGAGCAUUAGCAUGUGCUGCUUCAAAAGCUGGACAGAAAGUUAGCUUUUAUAUGCGAAAGGGUGCUGAUGUUCUUAGCAAGUGGGUUGGUGAGGCUGAGAGACAACUAAAGCUACUCUUUGAGGAGGCUCAGCGAAAUCAGCCUUCCAUAAUCUUUUUUGAUGAAAUUGAUGGUCUUGCUCCUGUAAGAUCUAGCAAACAAGAACAAAUACAUAAUUCUAUUGUUUCAACUUUGCUGGCGCUGAUGGAUGGCCUUGAUUCUCGUGGUCAAGUUGUUCUCAUUGGAGCAACAAACAGGGUAGAUGCAAUAGAUGGAGCGCUACGCCGCCCUGGCAGAUUCGAUAGGGAGUUCAAUUUUUCUUUACCAGGCUGCGAAGCUCGAGCAGAGAUAUUGGAUAUUCACACUCGUAAAUGGAAGGAUCCACCUACCAGGGAGCUUAAAGAAGAGCUGGCAGCUACUUGUGUAGGAUAUUGUGGUGCUGAUCUAAAAGCUUUGUGCACUGAAGCUGCCAUUCGUGCUUUUCGUGAAAAAUAUCCACAAGUUUAUACAAGUGAUGAUAAAUUUGCCAUAGAUGUUGGGUUGGUUAAGGUUGAGAAGAGCCACUUUGUAGAGGCAAUGUCAGCUAUUACUCCUGCUGCCCAUAGAGGGUCUGUUGUGCAAUCCAGACCACUCUCUCCGGUUGUAUUGCCAUGUUUACAUCGACACCUCCUUGAAUCCAUGAGCUUAAUAUCAGAUAUUUUUCCCUCAUCAGCCACGUCGUCAGAGUUGACAAAGCUGUCAAUUCUUUCAUUUGGAUCUUCAAUUCCUCUUGUUUAUCGUCCUCGACUUCUGCUGCUUGGUGGUGAAGGAGUUGGACUGGUAAUUGCUUUUCGUUUCUUGUGA